AUGAAGUCAAGUGGUAUGAACGACUUUACCUUUUCUAAGCAAGGUGAUGGCCUUGCGUGGUUUGACCACGAGAUGCCUUUGUCUAAGUUGCCGAUAUUGAGUACUCUUGUCGGUUGCGUGAUAGGUUGUUUGAUUGGUAUUAUGUGUUCUCUCAUAGUGAAUUGUGCGUUGGUCGAGAUUUCCACAUCACCAUUCUUCACCUUGUAUUUCGCUUUAACAUUCUUGGUGAUUGGUAUCGUGAUAUUAUGGCGUUUGAACGUUUCUAAGAUGGAUGGCGAUGACAAUCAUCGUCAAUAUUUACGUUACUUCGGUUUGAUGAUUGUUGCUAGCGGUGUUGUUUGUUUCUUUUUACGUCAGAGUUGGUUUACUCAUUCUCCUCUUUUAUUGAAGGUUUCGAUUUACACGUUGCUUGGUGUAUCGAUUUCUUUCGCCUUGACUUUUACCAUCGUCGAUCUCGUAAACUACUUCAUGUCUAUGUUUGAGACAUCAGUAGCUCGUCCUUUGGUGGAAUCUAAAUCGCAGGUUUUGGUGAUUUUGGUAAUCACCUGUAGUAUGGGAGGCGUCUUUGGUUUCUUAUUUGGCUUCAUGAACAUUGAGGACGAAGCUGAGUACCACAUUAAGUUGGCUUUAGUGAAAGAGGAGGCGUACACCUGGCCCGUGGGUGCAGUUUUGGGUACCUUGGCUGGUUUUUGUAACAACUACUUACGCCAACAGGAGUUUUGGCGGUUUAACCGUGACAACGCCUACAACGUCGAGAUUUAA